AGUAGCUUAGCAGCAAUAACUCCUGGAAAAUGCCCAUGCAUUCAUCUUCUUCUUCUCUUUCACGGCGCCAGAAGCCUAAUAACAACAAUGAAAAUGGCAUUAGCAAGUCUAUGUCGGCAGAAGAAGAAGUGAAGCUUGCAGCUCUUGCUAUCAGCUUUAACAUACGGCUCAGAUCAGCAGAUAUGCCUUUUGCCAUGCAAGCACACGCCCUUCGUCACGCCAGAACUCUCCUCCUCCAACCUGUGAAUCACCGUCCUAAUCCCUCCCUCCUCGCUCGCUCCCUCAAAAAGGAGUUUGAUUCGAUGUAUGGACCGGCAUGGCACUGUGUGGUAGGGAAGAGUUUUGGAUCGUUUGUGACUCAUUCACCUGGUGGAUUUGUGUAUUUUUCACUUGAAUCGUUCUCGUUUCUUCUGUUCAAGACGGAGGUUCAGUUGAUCACUGAAGCAGUAGUACCAACACCUGCUGCCCGCUGAUUGGUUGCUGCAGCUGCCGGAGACGGUUGUUGCUUGGUUGUCGCCUGUCGGUGGUUAGUUUCCCAAUCUGCAUUCUGAAUCAGAUAUAGUUGCUAACUUGUUUUGGAGGUAUUUCACAAGCUAAUUAUGAUUGUACAUAAUAAUAUUGAUAUUUCUCUAAGAAAAAAAAUACAUGUAGCACACUGUUUCCUAUUUCUAAGUUCUUUCAUCUUCGAUAUAUAAUUCAGAAA